UGCGUAAACGUCAAAACUUCGGAAGUGAUUUGUGAAUUAUCACCACGAAAUUGAUAGUUAAAAUUACAAAUUAAAGUAAAAGAUGUCGGUGGCCAAAGUGACUAAAGAUCAAAACAAGUCCGAGCCGGUAGCGUACAGCGAUGCUGCUCUAAGAAACAAUGCUGUGGUCGUGGAAUAUUGUAGAACUUCUAUGGCUGCGUUGUCGGGCUCCACUGCAGGUGUCCUAGGCCUCACAGGUCUCUACGGGUUUGCGUUCUACGUGUUUGCAGUCGUCAGCCUCUGGGUGAUGUUCAUGUUGAAGACUGGACCUAAUUGGAGCAAAUAUUACGUGUCAAGACAGAGUCUACUAACACACGGCUUCUUUGGAGCGCUCUUCACUUACGUGUUAUUUUGGACUUUUAUUUAUGGGAUGGUUCAUGUAUAUUAGAGUUAAGUUAGUUUGUAAGUCUUAUAGAUGAAUUGUGAGAGGUUUACUUUAUGUAUGAUAGGAAGAGAUGGACUGCAAUGUAAUCUUAUAUUUAAUUAAAAUUUAAACAAGUAUAAGCAAGAGCA